AUGAACUGCCUGCAAGUGGAAGUGGAACAAGCGCUUGCUGCUGAUGUGUCAUUGGCAUUGGAUGUUGUGCUGUCUUGGUGUGGUGACUACCCCGGUCUAGAGCGCCUGUACAUGUUCAAGAGGCGACCCAUCCAGUCGGGAACUGGGAUCCAAAAAGCCCAUCGCACCCUAUAUGAAUUAGGGAGCUUGCUACCUCUGAUUCACCAACUACUCGCCAAGGUCCUGCGCCGGUACCUGGAUAUGAAAAGAGGAAGAGGUAUGUCGGCAAAGCUCACUGGUAAUAUUCCGAUAAAUGGGUCCGGGCAUUCUGGAACCGUUGUGAGGAGACAACGUGAGGAAACAAGCAAGGCUGGUCUCAUUGCAAUGCUCUGA